AUGGUUUCUAGUUGUUUCCCCAAAGGAAACAUAUUUGAUCCAAUCGUUUCCCAAGAGGAAACAGAUUUGAACCCUCUUGAAGGAAGAUCCAGGCCCAUUUAUAUGAUUGAAUCCGCUUCGUAUGUGUUCGAUCCAGAGAUUUUAGGGUUCUUUGAGGCGACCUCAACCCAGCAGCUCGUAUCGGGAGAAGGUAUUGCUGGUAAAGCGUUGGGUACAAACCAGCAGCUCGCAGUUUAUCAAUUCAGAAUUUUGGGAGACAGAAUCGUGCCUCAUUUGUGGUUCGUGGCCUACACUACUGCUUCACCGCCCUGCUCCACUCUUAUUUUCCCUAGCUUGUCCGUCCUCUACCACCUCCUUCAUAUGGUUAUGUUUAUGAAUAUGCUAUUUCUUUUUGACUUAAGGGCUGUUUCUUUUGGGACUGUUUACAAGGGCUAUAUUGAUGAGAAUGUUCGGGUUGGUCUCAAAUCUCUUCCUGUUGCUGUUAAGAUUGGAGUUAAUUUCCUUGUUCAGCUCAGACAUCCCAAUUUGGUGAAAUUGAUUGGGUAUUGCUGUGAAGAUGACCACAUAUUGCUUGUUAAUGAGUUCAUGUUUCGAGGAAGCCUUGAAAAUCACCUCUUUCGAAUGACAGAGAGAAAACUGUAUAAAUCUGAAGAUCAUAAGAAGAACAUCAGAAAGGUACCUGUUCCUGCACUAAAGGAACAUAUUGCUUCUAUUACUGUUGUAUUGUCUGAACAACAACGUUUAAUCUAUCGUGGCAAAGUUCUAAAAGAUGAUCAACUCCUUUCAGCUUAUCUUUUACAUGGUAAAGUGGUGCAUAAAGUGGGUGUUGUAUCUAUAGGUGUUGGAGGCUUAAAGCUUACUAAAUACCUUAAAGAGCAACUUCGUCUAAGAGAUCUACAUGUUUCUUCAUUAUACACUAUUCGCUCAUUGAAAGAGGCAGUGGCAGAUUGCACUAAGCGUUGCUAUGUUGCCAAAAUGAGAACCGAUCAUACUUGGUUUAGGACAGUUGUGUUGGCUGGAGGCACUGCAUGUUUACCAGGGUUACCAGAUAUACAAGUUGAUGACGAGAACAUUGUUCCAAGACCUUCAGUGAGUUAUGAUGAUGUCCCUUAA